GCCGGCAGGACACACAGACUCACCGUGCCUGUGUUAGCCUUGCAUUUCCGCUCAGGACCUGCAGCUGUGUUUGUCAAGUUGCUGUGGCUUUCUGUGACGUUUAUUCUUCAUGAAAGCUACGGAGCAUACGUCCUACAGCUUAGUGGGAUGCUGUGCUGUUUUAUGUCAGUGCUGCGGGAGGUGUGUCUUACGUAUGCCCCUCAGUGAUGCCUUCCAAGUGAAAAUUGUUUUAAGGAAGGGAGGGUACGACCACGCGUUCUGUCCUUGGCUUUUACUCUUAUCCAAUCUUUCGGUGCCUAUUUUCAUGUCACUGCAAUGUCCGGCUGGUGUGUGACUCCGGGAACAGUCUCUGCAUUCGUGCAGAUGCAGAAACAGUGACCUUUCUCAGUUGUAAAGUGGGCCUCGGAGAUACACUUUCUGAUAUCAAGUGGUGUCUAGGCCGCCAAAAUGACCCAGAUCCGUUGUGUAUAAGUUAAUCUCACCAUCACCUGUUGAUGCGCAGCCCAACGAACGAAGAACAAUCUCAGCAGCUGCUUUUAACUGCCCCUUGAAGUACAGCGUGGUAAAAGUCCGAGAAGAAUGUUCCAACACGAUCAGGGCUUCUACUUCCUGCUGAACUUCUGCAUUCUCACGUACUUCCAACUAAGACAAAAAAAGUAAAAAAAAAAAAAAUAAAUAAAAAAAAAGACCAUCGCCUUUCGCCACCGAAAUCUACCAAAACCACAAACGUCGAGUCGAACAGCUGUUUGAAGAGAUCUUAACGAUAAAAAAAUCUUCGCCAAUAUGGCCGCACUGAUCCCCUAUAAAGGCACUAAAAACGUUCUCUCAGAGGUGCUGUGUCGGCGUUCAAGGACAGUGCAAGACAUAUGUCAUUUGUGUUUUGGCUGCGAGUGCCAAGGUCAGCGAGUGGCCCUGGCGUGUCUUGCGUUCGUGCCGGGAGAAUCAUGGAGAUUGUCGUCAAGAGGCUGAUGGCUACUGCUACCUCUGCCACGGGAAAGAAGAAAAUAGACCUCUUUUAUGAUGUGCUGUCUCCCUAUACUUGGUUCGCAUUUGAGACCCUCAUGCGGUACAAGAACCACUGGAAUAUAGAAGUGACGCUAAAGCCAAUGUUGCUUGCAGGUGUGAACCAAGCAACUGGAAACAAGCCACCAGGACUUGUGCCUAAUAAAGCUAUAUACAUGAACAGUGACCUUGCCAGAUGUGCUACCUACUUUAAUGUGCCUUUGAAAAUGCCUGAGGACCCAUUUGACAUGAUAUUGGUAAAGGGUUCACUCAUACCCAACCGGUUCCUCACUGCCAUAGACAUGUUGUAUCCUGAACACCUUGAAGCUGCAACUCGAGCUUUGUGGAUGUCAGGAUGGAGCAGGGGUGAAGACUUCACCCAACCAGCCAUCCUAGCCAAGGCAGGUCAAACUGCAGGCCUUUCAAAUGACCAACUUUUGAAGAUACAGGAGCACAUGACCCAGCAAGCCACCAAAGAUCGUCUUCGUGCUUAUACUGAUCAAGCUGUUCAGUAUGGGGCUUUUGGGUCUCCAACAAUUAUAUAUCACAAGAAUGGGUCUCCUCAGCUGUUUUUCGGUUCUGACAGGUUCCCAAUUUUAGCACAAGAAAUUGGUGAACAGUGGCGUGGACCUCAACCUGAUUCUGCAGACGCUAAAUUGUAGUUAAAUUUCCCUUAUUAAUCUGAAUGGGUAAAUUUGUUGUAUUAUCCUUAAUUCCAAGAUAUCAGGAAAAUUUUAGAAUUUGGCAUCUUUGUAAACUGGAAUUACAUAUAGAUAUAUAUUUAAUUUUUUAUGCAAAGAUUGACUUAAACAUUACAUGCAAUAAAUAUUGUCUUACUCAAUUUAUCUGGACUACUGUGAUGUUUGCAGGUAUGGUCCUUUCCUAAAAUAUUACAAUGUAUGAUACCUACUGAGGUAGAAAAAAAAUAUGAUGAUUAUAUUCAGCUCACCAAUUGAAGUAAAAUAUAACUAAUGAAGUCAAUAAUAACAAGCUGUUGCUUGACAGAAUCUAAAUAUGUCUAUUACAUAUUUAAAUUGAAUUUGUUUUCUUGGUUUCAAGGGUGUUUCUCAGAUUUGAGUUUUAAAAAAAA